AUGCUGUGGACCUAUGGAGCUUUUCUGGUCUCCCACCUGUAUAUCUACUGGUACGAUCAUUGGAAAACCUUGCGCUGGGCCCGGAAGUUCUACUUCUCGAGUGACGAAGUGCAUUGGUUUGGACAACAGCUCCUGAGUCUUCCAUUGGGAAUCCUAGCUGCUGCCUUGGUAUUCAAAGCCAACCAGAUGAGUGGCGGCCCAAAUGCAAAGUUAGGAUCUGGGGUGCUUCAAGGAUCGACCCUAGGUGCUGCUAUGGCCGGUGCCUUUGUGCUCCACGUCUUGAUCCAUUUGACCCUGUUGGACAUGGUUGUCAAGCCGUUCAGAAUAGAUCCCAACAAGGCUGAAAACACAACGCCAUUCUCAGCAGUUGCAGAAGAGGAAGCUGCCACUCAUUUGUCUACGAAUCCGAUCCAAUGCUUGCGAUCCAAGUUCAUUCUGCAGGAUUCACCUCCAUUGAGUCCUUUUGUGCUGGGAAAGGAGAGGAUCAUGAAGGCAAAUCCCAAACUUGGUGCCUAUUUCGACGGAGAACAAGAUGCGAAACAAAAGGAAAAGCACCGUGAGGUGCGCAAAUCGCAGCAAAGCGUUUCGGAACCUCAGGAGGAGAAAGCUUGA